CUCGAUGCUCCUGGGUGUACUGAGGAGAGCCCUACCUAUUCACCGAAGCUCUUGCCUCUCCUCUCGAUUCUCCACCGCCAGUAUGUCGGCGUCUCAAGAGUACAAGGAUGGAUCGAUGAGUUUCGCAGGCAAAGAUGGCCACUAUCGUCGUCAAGUCUCGUCGUUCCGCGAUGCCAUCUCCGGCGAGGCCGACGCCAAAUUUAAGCCCGAACGCAACCGCUACCACCUCAUUGCAGCCUUGGCCUGCCCUUGGGCCCACCGUGCGCUCAUUGUGCGCUCGCUCAAGGGCAUCGACAAGGUCCCGGACCUGCUUCCUGUGACCAUCGUAGAUUCGCUCUUGGGUUCCGAAGGCUGGAGCUUCGUUCCGUACGACGAGCCCGCUGGUCUUGGUGUGCCUGGCACGGGCAAUCACAUUCCUGGACAUGAGAACAAGAAGCGUAUUCGCGAAUUCUACCUUGCAGCAGAGCCCAACUACUCGCAGAGAUGCACUGUGCCCGUCAUCUGGGACAACAAGCUCAAUACCAUUGUCAACAACGAGUCGUCGGAGGUUAUCCGAAUGCUCAACCACUGCUUCGAUGACUUUGUCGAGCCUCAAUUCAAGUCCAUCGAUCUUUACCCCCAGGAGCUCAGGGCUGAAAUCGACGGCAUCAACGAAUGGGUCUACAAUACAGUCAACAAUGGCGUCUACAAGAGCGGCUUUGCAACGACUCAGCAGGCAUACGAGGAGAACGUCAAACCCCUCUUUGAGAGUCUUGAUCGCCUCGAGAAGAUCCUCAGCGACGGCAGGGAAUUCCUGCUCGCCGGCAAGCUGACCGAGGCAGACGUCCGUCUCUUCACAACCAUCGUUCGGUUUGAUCCCGUAUACGUCGGCCACUUCAAGUGCAACUUCGACACGAUUCGACGUGGCUACCCUCAGCUUCACCGAUGGCUCCGCAACCUGUACUGGAAGGGACCAAAUUCUGCAGCUUUCAAGGACACGACCGACUUUGAAAGCAUCAAAGCUCACUACUACCAGAGCCAUCCUCAGAUUAACCCGACCCGCGUCGUGCCAAAGGGGCCUAUUCCUUCCAUUCUGCCCCUGGACUAGGGAAAGAGGCCAAGUGGGGAAAUAUGAUAGGGAAGCAAGG